GAUUUCUUACUGAGGUUUAUCGCGAAGAAGUACUUGAUCCAACUAGGUAGGUAGGGAAUAAUAUAUCUGACAUAUCAAACAAUUGAGUUUCGGUCAAUCGAUCAUCAUUCGGUUCGGUUAAUAAGCUCACUCCCCAGAAGAAUGCGCUAGCUGGAGCAGAAAUAUGGGGCCAAAAUUCAUCGUCGUUAUCGAGUUUAUCGCAGGAGAAAAAAAAAUGUCUAGAAUUUAACUCAACUUCCAACCUUACAACUAUCAAUCCACACAGCAUUAAGCAAGCAUUGCCAUUUUAUCGCAAUGUUCGCGGUUCCAGGAUGGUCAGUCUCAUCGAGUCUGUUAAAAACUCAAAAAGCGGAGCCUGUCGCUGCAGCUUCAAAGGCUGAUGAAGAAGGAGCGCCUGCCGAGACGAAAUCGAGCAAGAAACGCAAACGCGCAAAGAAUCCAGAUGUUAACGCAGCAAACUUGUCGGAACUUUGGGAUUCGGUCAUUGAAGGCAAACCAAAAGCAAAGAAAGUAAAGAAUGCCGAAAAGGAUGGAGAAACAAAAGAGAAAAAAGAGAAGGUAGCCAAGGAAGUCACCACAGACGAGGUUGAGAGCAAACCUGCAAACCUUUCAAAUGAAUCGACAGAAGUUUCGGAAUCUAAAAAAGAAAAGAAACAAAAGAAAAAUAAGAAGGAUAAGAGGGACAAGGACUCAAAACCAUCCGAUAAUGACCAAUCUACGAAAGACGACACCUCGACCAAAGCUCCUCCACCUCCUAAGCCCGCUGCGAAAUUAACACCACUUCAAGCUUCUAUGCGUCAAAAGCUCAUCUCCGCCCGCUUCCGUCACCUCAAUCAAUCUCUAUAUACUACUCCGUCCGCCGAAUCCCUCGCCACCUUUCAACAAAACCCCGAAAUGUUCACCGAGUACCACGAAGGUUUCCGCCGUCAAGUAGAAGUCUGGCCCGAAAACCCCGUCGACGGCUACUCUCUCCAAAUUCGCCAGCGCGGUAAACUCAGACGAGAUAUGCGAGGCCAGCCCGCCCAAGAAAAGACUGAUCUCACUCCAUUACCAAGAACAGACGGCACAUGUCGCAUUGCUGAUCUGGGGUGCGGUGACGCAGCUCUCUCCACAGGUCUCCAAAAAGAUCUCAAAAAACUCAACCUUAAGAUUCACAGUUUCGAUCUCCAAAGCCCCAGCCCCCUUGUCACUCGCGCGGAUAUCGCGAAUCUUCCCCUCGAAGACGGAAGUAUCGAUAUUGCAAUCUUCUGCCUGGCACUCAUGGGAACCAAUUGGAUCGACUUCAUCGAAGAAGCCUUCCGCAUUCUCCGCUGGAAAGGUGAACUCUGGAUCGCCGAAAUCAAAUCCCGCUUCGGUCGCGUAGGAGGAAACAACAAGAAAGUCGUCGAGCAUAGCGUAGGCCACCGCAAAAAGAACCAACCCGUCAACAAAAAAGCCAUCAAAGCCGCCGACGACGAGGAAAACGAGGCGGAUCUCAUGGUGCACGUUGACGGCAACGAAGACAACAAGCAGGAAACCGACGUAUCGGCUUUCGUUGAGGUUCUGAAGAAGCGAGGAUUUGUUCUGCAAACGGAGAAAUCGGUCGAUUUGAGUAACAAGAUGUUUGUCAAGAUGCAUUUUGUCAAGGGUGCGACGCCUAUCAAGGGCAAGUGUGUACCAGUGCCUAAGGGUAUGCCAGAAGGAGAGACAUGGAAGAAGAAGCCCAAGGCUAAGUUCUUGGAUGAGCCCGAAGAUGUACCUGUUUCCAGCGAGGCGUCAGUUCUAAAACCUUGCGUCUAUAAAUUGAGAUAGGGAAAAGCUAGCAUGAGUUAGUGGGGGAGCGUACUGUAAUUAAAAUGGAAAUGAUGGGCACAUGUUUAGCACUAUCUUGGGGAUUAGAUUCGCCCAUUUCAUAAUUUCAAAUCACAAAAGAGCAGAUAUACAAUGAAGAAGUAAAUCAUAUGCACCA